GCGCAAGAUCGAAGCACUCGGCAAAAUGACGCAAAUGUCGCAGGAGGAGAUCCUGCAAGGCACCCGUGCCGUUCUGCAAGGAUUGGAGGCAUUACGUUGCGAACAUGCUGCUGCUCUCGCUGCUGCAGCAGCAGCUGCCACAGCCGAAGGUGCCGUUGAAGAAGGCAGCGACCGUGAGCGAGAUAGGAUCGUACGCAAAAGUAUUGAGGCGAUUGAGCUGGGCUUGGGAGAAGCUCAGGUUAUGAUGGCGCUUGCAUCACAUUUACAAGCGGUUGAAGCAGAGAAGCAAAAAUUGCGCACACAAGUACGAAGAUUAUGCCAAGAAAAUGCCUGGUUGAGAGAUGAAUUAGCCAACACCCAGCAAAAAUUACAGUCGUCAGAACAAGCAGUUGCCACUUUGGAGGAAGAAAAGAAGCAUUUGGACUUCAUGGCUUCAGUGCGCCAAUAUGAUAGCGCUGACUCGAAUCAGGAUGAAGAUGGUAAUAACAGAGACAAAAGCCACAGGGAUCAAGAUCCUGUUGUUGAUUUAUUCCCUGAUGAUGACCAAGAGGAACGAGGUACAAUGUCUCCUACUCCACCUUCCCAGUUUGCUAACCAAGUCACAGCAGGUUAUGAAAUUCCUGCAAGAUUAAGAACUUUGCACAACUUGGUUAUUCAAUAUGCAUCUCAAGGACGUUAUGAGGUGGCUGUUCCCCUAUGCAAACAAGCAUUAGAAGACUUAGAAAAGACAUCAGGACAUGAUCAUCCUGACGUAGCAACCAUGUUAAAUAUUCUGGCGUUGGUGUAUAGAGAUCAAAACAAAUACAAGGAGGCUGCAAAUUUGUUGAAUGAUGCUCUAGCUAUCAGAGAAAAGACAUUAGGUGAAAAUCACCCAGCUGUUGCAGCAACAUUAAAUAACUUGGCUGUGCUUUAUGGAAAACGCGGCAAAUAUAAGGAUGCAGAACCAUUAUGCAAAAGAGCACUUGAGAUUCGUGAGAAGGUUUUGGGUAGGGAUCAUCCUGAUGUAGCUAAACAAUUGAAUAACUUGGCACUGCUUUGCCAAAAUCAGGGUAAAUAUGAGGAAGUUGAACGUUAUUAUCAGCGUGCUUUAGAGAUCUAUGAACUGAAAUUGGGUCCAGAUGACUCUAACGUAGCUAAAACUAAAAAUAAUUUGGCUUCAUGCUAUCUAAAACAAGCCAAAUACAAGGAUGCUGAAACAUUAUACAAGCAAGUAUUGACCAGGGCACAUGAAAGGGAAUUCGGCACAAUAGAUGGUGAUAAUAAACCAAUUUGGCAAGUAGCAGAGGAACGUGAAGAGAAUAAAUUGAAAUCUCGCGAAAAUGCUCCAUACGGUGAAUACGGUGGCUGGCACAAGGCUGCACGAGUUGAUUCUCCAACAGUUACCACUACUUUGAAGAAUCUUGGUGCUUUGUAUCGCAGGCAGGGAAAAUAUGAAGCUGCUGAAACUUUAGAAGAUUGCGCCUUGAGAACAAGAAAAGAGCAGGCCUUAGACGUAAUAAAACAAGCGAAAGUAGCACAGAUCUUAGGUGGCCAAGGUGCUGACGGUUCGCCUGGUGAGCGACGUGGAUCUGGACGGCCCACUUCAGGAAUCAGAAACAACGCAAUGCGUGGGCAAGCGGGUUCCCGUGAAAGUUUAGACUACGAUCACUCCGAAGAUGCCGGCCAAGGACAAUCGCCUGCGCAGUCUGGACUGAAAACUAAAUUGUUCAACGCCCUGGGCAUCAGUUCACCUUCUCAUCAUUGAACAAAUUAUUAUUAUUCAACGAUAACUUAUAUAUUAUGAAUCUAUAGAUUGUACAUUUUUGGCUAAAAUUUCGGUCCGUACCGGAAAAGGAAUUGACAUAGGAACAGUGAUUUUUAAUUUCAAUUUUAUAACGAGCUACAGAAACAUCAACGUUCCUUGAAAUAUGUUUUGUGGUUAAAAUUACUUUUCAAAUUUUACUACAUAUUAGAGUGCAAUCAAUUUUUUUCUUUUAAUGAAGGCACUUGAUGAAGUGUGAUAAUUAUUUAUUUUGAUAGGGUAAGCGUCUUUUAUUCGGUUUCAA